AUGUUCUCAAUUAAAAGAAGGUUCAUUUUAAAGAAGACAAAUGGUGGUUCAACGUUGACAUUUAGUAGAUCGAUAACUAGAAAGUCGGUCAUUAAAAAGAACGGUAGAGAAGGUUCAUUAGAUUCAAAAGCUUCAGCUGCACCAAUGUCUGCUCAAGGUAAAGGUAUUUCCCGACUAAGGAAGGACAACAAAAAAACUAAGAGUAAGUUUAUUCACGACUACUCUGUGUUUCCAGAGACAUUACAGUAUAGGUUACCGCUAGAAGAAGAAAGGGGGAAACCACCAAAAGAACAUUCCAAUAUAAUCAAGUUGAUCUUUGAACAGGGUGGUGUUGAAUCGAUGGCUAUGGAUAUAAAUGAGGAGAAAUUCAAUAGGUAUCCUAUUACUAAUCCAAGUAAGUUGAAUAAAAGGAAAGAAAGACCAUUAUCUGUGAAAAUGUUGUCAUCUGACUUCAUUGAAGAUUCUCUCUAUAACGUCAAUUAUGGAUAUUUUUCGAAGGAAGUUGUUAUUUUCCAACCAGACAAGGCAUUUGACUAUAAUCAUCUAGCCGGGCAAGACGAAUUUAUGCAACAGUGGUUACAAGCAUACGACAAAUACGAUCAAGAUAAAGCCAAUACUUUGCAAGUAAUUAAAAGACCAGUUCAUAAUUCGAAAACAUCAGAUAUCAAGGACAAAGGCGCCAUAUUAGAAGAAAACAAGGCGGAAAAUGACGAUAAUAAAAUUACAAAACCGUCUUUACAACUAUGGCACACUCCAACUGAAUUGUUCCAACCCUAUUAUGGUGAAGGCUUAGCCAAGUAUAUAUUGGAGAGCUACAAAUCUAACGAUUCUGGCCAUGACCUAAUCAUUUAUGAAGUGGGAGCAGGUAAUGGUACAUUGAUGUUGAAUAUAUUGGAUUAUCUGGAAAAACACGAACCUGGGAUUUACGAGACUGUUAAAUAUAGAAUCAUUGAAAUCUCAUCUAAGUUAUUCAAUAAACAAAACUCAAGAUUGGAGAGACAUAAAAACCACGUCGAGGUUAUUAACAAGUCUAUUUUAGAAUGGGAAACCCCUGUCAAUGAACCAUGUUUCUUGAUUGCAUUGGAAGUUUUUGACAAUUUAUCACAUGACGUUGUGAGGUAUGACAUUGAUACAAAACGCCCAUACCAAGGAUACGUUGUCAUCGAUGAGCAUAACGAUUUCCACGAAUAUUUUUCACCGACCUUAGAUAAUUUGACCAAAGAGUUAUUAGAGUUGCGUGAGCAAAGUCAAUAUCCAAUAAGUAAAUUGAAAAAUCAUCCAGUAAACACCAUUUAUCCGGUAAGGAAACUAAAAGAAAUUUUCAAUCCGCUAAGAAACAAUUUAUCAGAUCCCGAAUACAUCCCAACUAGACUAUACAAGUUUUUCAAAAUAUUAAAUAGGUACUUCCCUAACCAUCAGAUUAUAGCGUCGGAUUUUACUCAUUUUGAUAAAACCAUCAAAGGAUACAAUUCUCCAACCGUGCAAACAAUGUAUAAGGACAACAUGGUGAAUGUAGAUUCAUACAUGGUAGAGCAAGGAUACUUUGAUAUUAUGUUCCCCACCGAUUUCCGGUUUAUCAAUGAACUUUAUAAACAAGUAACGAAGAAGCAAAGCGAGACCUGUUCUCAUGCUGAGUUUUUAAAGAGAUGGGCAGAUUAUGAGAAAACCAAGACCAAGUCUGGAGAAAAUCCUAUGCUUGAGCUAUACUCGAAUGCUGCAUUUAUCUAUUCAUGA